AUGAAUGAAACAGUAUUGUUCCAGAACGGUACAAACUCAACUUUGGGAGCUUCACCAAUGACAAGGUACUACAAAGAGUCACUUGGACUGAAAGUCUUCAAGCUUACACUGCAAAUCACCGUCGGCCUAAUAGGUGUCAUAGGGAACCUCCUGGUUUGUGUUGUGAUAGCAAGCCGCUCCAAUAUGAAAACCAAGAUGAAUAUCCUUCUGUGCAGCCUCGCCGUAGCUGACACUGGUGUUUUGCUUAUUAAUUUCCCACUCGCUGCUAUCCAGGAGCAAUUGCCAUUACAGUACCCGUUCGGUAGGUGGUUUUGCCUUUACUUGGGCCCUGCAACCGAGAUCUUUUUCGGUGCAUCAAUAUGGUCAAUCACCAUCAUAGCGAUUGAGAGAAAUCGUAAUAUCGUAAGGCGCAGCAAGUCUGAAUGUAAGGGGCUUCCAUGCAAGGGAGUUAUAUGGAAGAUUAUCUUGCUGUGGUUUGCGUCGUUAUUAAUUGUGUCUGUUCCGCUCUAUCCGAUUAUGGUUUAUCAAGAGUUUCCACAAGUCACUAUUUGCUACCCUGAAUGGCCAGAUUACCGUGAAGGGAACAUUUACAUGAAAGCCUAUACGAUAGGUUUAGCGAUCUUCUGGUAUCUUCUACCACUGGUCAUCAUUACCUACACUUACAUCCAAAUUUCACAGCAGCUGCAAAAGAGCACAGCGUUCCACAAAAACAUGCAUGGCGCCUCCGCAAAAAGUAAACUCAUUAUCAAGGAAGAGAAACAGCGGCUGAAACAAAACAAGAAAGCUCAGAUGAUCCUCACUCCUUUAGUAGUUGUCUUCGCCAUUUCCAUGCUACCUCUUAAUGUUUUCCGGCUUGUACAGGCCUUUUACCCUAGUUUUGUAUUCUAUAAGUUUUACUUGAUCCUUCUCAGCGUUUGUGCCGUUUUUGUGAUUGCCAACUCGGCUAUGGACCCUGUGGUGUAUUAUAUAGCUAGUAGAGAAUUUCGCCAGGGUAUAAGAAAUUUGCUAAGGAGGAAGAAAGCAGAAAGAAGAAAGCACGAGCCCAAAAAAUUGCCAACAACCCAUUCUUAUGCUACACACCCUGAUAUGAGGAUACGAGCAAGAGGAAAAAGAGAUGAUUCAAGGCUCCAAUUGGUCAAUAAAGAGACAAUCAUUUGAGGAGUGACAUCUUGAAUGCUUGCGAAAAGGGCAUGCAGUUUCAAUGAGACAGGACUACAGUAUAACCUACACACGGACACUUUGCAUAUCGGGCAAAAAGUCUUGGGUUCUUAAAGUCUUGUAUUUUAAGUCUGUGAAUAAGUGCCAUACGUAAUUAGUUUCACACGCUGGAGUCGGAGUCUAACGACUAGCGAUUUUCUCACACACAAAAAUUGGCUAGUGGGCUGCUAGUUUUAAACUCACGGACAGGCCGAACUCAUGCUCUGAAACGAUUUAAUGAUUUAUCGACCCGAUAUCGUUCUUGUUUCGUUCUUGCUACUAUAUCAAAGUUAAGAUUUCACUGAUGCGUUUCGCCGCAGAAUCUAAACCUACCGCCAGCGUGUUUUUUGUUACUAAUGAGCUUUGUGUUUAGAGGGUGAGCCCUAAAGGUCCUUAAGAUACCUAACAACCUCGGAGAGCUCAACUCUCACAGCGGUAGUUUAGACCCAACCAAUGAAGUGUCAGUCUGAAAGUCAUAAAUGCUUGAUGGGCUGCUAUCUUUAAUGACCUGUUCCAAUGUCCCGCGAACAAGAGCCGUUUAAUUCAAUGCUGUGCAAAGCGAUUUGAGAGAUAAGAAGAAUAAAAACCAACAGAAGCACAAAAUGUGCCAAACUUUCGGAUUUUUACUUCAGCCCGUCCUCAGGGUUAGUAAACAUGUUGCGUCUUCAGAGAAAAAUGGCGAAAUCUACGACAAAAAGAGACGAUAAUUUAUUAGUGAUAACUGCUAUUUUCAGUUGUGAUCUUCCAUGGGAAAACGUACAGUAUGGGUGUGAAAUCCUUGCUCACGUAAAGAAAUUUCGCGCUUACUGUACGGCAUAAAUUAACGGAUGGAGAAUAACUGCAUUCAAGGUGGCACUUUCUCUUCAAACUCCGUUUACUUGCACUAUUCCGUCCACAAGAAUCGAGGAUCCGGAGUUAGAAAGUUAUUUUUAUUUGAAUCAAAGCAAUCGCUUUAUACAUCGCACGAACUAGCUAAAUCUCAAAUUUUUAAAACUCUUGAGUUGCCAACAGAAAAUAUGUCUCCUCAAUGUAUCACUAAACUGCGAAUGAGAAACACAACUGAAAAGCUCAGGUGGAAUGAAAAUACUUUAGUAGGGAAAUGAAUAAACAAGCUUAUAAUAAAUAGCCAGCGUACUAAGAUAUAGAAAUAUGGUAUGAGUAUGUGCCUAAGUAUUUGUGAGCAUUGUGUGGGUAUCCUGUGUGUGGCGCUCCUGCACACUUCCUUAUAAAAAUUACAGUCAAACCUGCAUUUAUUCAUUAUUUCUUUGCCAUCAUUUUAUGCGUGUUGGUAUGUGUGUCAACUAUGGUUACCUAGCCUCGAAUUAGACAGUCUAAUUGUAAACGUCGAAUAAAAAAGAAACUGUGCAAGUAGCGGUGAAA